AAUGUUGUUUGCGUGAACUUAUAUAAAACCCGCUGGACUCUUAUUCAGCAUAUUUCAGUCAAUUUUCAAAGAGUGAUAAUGACCACUUACACAGACAAAGGUCCCAAACCCACGACCGGAAAAUUUCUGAGUUUUGACCACCUCACUUUCUACGUUGGGAAUGCCAAACAAGCUGCUAGUUACUAUGUGACACGAUUAGGUUUCGAGCCCUUAGCCUACAAAGGGCUCGAAAAUAAAAGUCGCAGAUUUGCAUCCCAUGUAGUGCGCCAAAAUCAAAUUAUUUUUGUUUUUGUAUCGCCGUAUGAACCUGGUGACGAUGAAGUAGGACCUCACUUAGUCAAACAUGGAGAUGGUGUCAAAGACAUUGCGAUGGCGGUGGAAGACUUGGACAAAAUCGUUUUGAGAGCCAAACAAAAAGGUGCCAAAAUUAUUAAAGAUAUAUGGGAAGAGAGUGACUUUCACGGUAUUGUCAGAUUUGCCACAAUCCAAACUUAUGGAGACACCACACACACUUUCAUUGACCGCAGCUUAUACAGAGGUCCUUUCCUCCCUGGUUACACCAUGUGUAACGAAGACAAAUUAUCCAAAACUUUACCUCCUGCUAAAUUAGACUUCAUCGACCACGUCGUGGGUAACCAACCAGACGGAGAAAUGGAAUCUGUGGCCAAAUGGUACGAAACCAUUCUUCAGUUCCAUAGAUUUUGGUCAGUAGACGACAAACAAGUCCACACUGAAUAUUCCGCCUUGCGGUCAAUUGUGAUGAGCAACUGGGAAGAAAAUAUCAAACUUCCUAUUAACGAGCCCGCCCCUGGUAAAAAGAAGAGUCAAAUUGAAGAAUACGUGGAGUACUACGGAGGAGCAGGAGUCCAACACAUAGCCCUAAACACUCAAGACAUUAUCAAAUCAGUUCAAAACCUCCAAUCCAGAGGAGUAGAAUUUCUUCAGGUGCCUGACAGCUACUACGACAUUCUUCGGCAGCAACUCAAGCUCAGUAAAGUUAAAGUUUCAGAAGACUUAGAUAUUUUGCAAAAACUGAAAAUUUUGAUCGAUUAUGACGAAAACGGGUAUUUGCUGCAGAUAUUCACGAAGAAUAUGCAAGAUCGACCGACCUUGUUUUUGGAGGUUAUACAAAGAAGGAAUCAUAACGGAUUUGGUGCCGGGAACUUUAAGGCAUUGUUUGAGGCCAUUGAAAUAGAACAAGCGAAGCGCGGCAACUUAUAAAAAUAACCAAUAUAAUAUAAUUUUUGUAUAAUAAAGUUUUAACAUCACGAUUUUUUAUAAUUAAAUACUAAAGAUUC